AUGGUAUCUCGCAAGUCGGACGCGCGUAAGAGCGACGUCUCGGCCGUUGGGCCAACCGCGGCCGCCACCGACUCUUCACAUGCUGCGGCCGCAGACGACUCCGUCCUCUCGACAGCGACGACGACAACAGGGACAGCACACACGGGCGGUGACAAGACCUCCGGCGAGGGAACGAAAAAGGGCAAGGAGCCGGCGGCCGCGUCGGCGACAACGACGGAAGAUAAGACGACGAUUGAAGACCUGACACUGCCCAAGUCCAUCCUCACACGGCUAGCUAAGGGCGUGCUCCCCCCCAACACGCAGAUCCAGGCCAAUGCCAUGACGGCGCUGAGCAAGAGCACGUCGGUGUUCAUUAGCUACCUCGCUACGCAUGCAAAUGAGAUCACGCUCAAUGCAAAUAAAAAGACGAUUAUGCCCGCGGACGUAUUCAAGGCCUUGGAGGAAAUUGAGUUUGAUUUUCUAAAGGAACCGCUCGAGGCUGAAUUCGCAAAAUUCAACGCCAUCCAGACGGACAAGCGUAACACGUACCGCCAAAAAGUCAAAGCAGCGGCCAAGUCGACGACGGGUGACGACGACACCGAGAUGGGCGGGGCCGGAGCGGACUCGUCCACGAUAGCCGACACGACGACCGCCUCGGCACCGCCCGAGGAUGACGAUGCUGACGACGUGCCGCGCUCGAAAAAGGCGCGCGUCGAACCUGGAGCGGCGGAUGCGGAGGAGACGGAGGCGGACGACGCAGAGGAGGAUGCCGCAGAGAUGGAUGAUGAGGAAGAGGACCAGGAAGAGGAAGAGGAGGAAGAGGAGGAGGAGGAGGAAGAAAGGGACAGAACGGAAAGCGGUGACGAGACGCAGGAUGCCCUCGAGGAGCGGGUGGACAGGGAAGAGGCAGACGAGGCGCUGGACGGCGACGAGAGCGACUAG